AUUUUUUGCCAAAAUAAUAGAAAUACAGUACCUAUAAUAAUGCAUUGGUGUAUAGUAAACUGUGUACUAAUCGCUACAAUAAUCCCAAUCUAUGGGGUGCUGUCGUACUGUCCGGAAGGCCUGAAGCCGUGUACGUGCGAUGAUGGGUACGUCCGGUGCGACGACGUGACCGGCAAACAACUGAAAGAAAUAUUUACAAAACUACAC